ACAGUAAAACCUGCGUAAACCGGAAUCCAACGGCACCGUUUUGAACAGGUUUUUUAAAGACGGAAAGUCGCCGUGUUUCUAAGAAUUUUUCCGUUUUAGACAGCUUAUAAAAUUGAAAGGAACACUCCGUAUAACAUGGACGAGGAGUUAGAAGAAUUUUGGAAUAGAAAAUUCAAAAACUUUACAAUUGGAAGAUGAAAAUUCUAAAAAUAAUACAAUAUAUUUAUUUAUAAAAUAAUUUUGAUAAUCGUGACUUAACAUUAAAGAAAACGGUAGAUUUGCCAGAGAAGAUGGACUCAAAUUAGAACGAAUGAAGUAUUUUCUAACAUAAGGCUAUUUUACUAGAUAACACAGAAGCUAUUUUCCAAGUGUUACGAACAAAAAUGCUGGCUUGGAAAUCAUUUCAGAAGACCAUCAGGCAAUCUCCUUUACGAUUCAUCCUGAUGUUGACCAUAUUUGUGGUAUUCACUGUACUACUGUGGCCCGCCUACAUACAUAUAGUGGAAUGGCAAUUUUUUCACACUCACUACGUCACUCUUCAAAGUAUGGCCUCCUCCGCUUCGUGCCAGAUUCCCACGCCAAAUGCAUUCGACGAUUCGGUGAUGCGAUACGUCGUCAAAAAAGAUCCCCUGAAAUGUAAAUUCGUCCAACCGGAAUUGACCUACGUAGACUACGAAGGGGUUCUUCGUCUGAAUCGAUCCGCCAUGGCCGCUCAUCGCAUAGACGAGAAUCUGCUGGAUUGCCGAUAUUCCACUUUCAGGAGGAAGCCCAACGACGACGAUCACGUCAUUUACGAUCCGAGAAAAGUCCUGAAUGCCUCCGAGAAAAUCAUAAACGGAAGAGAGUUUGUGGCCGUGACCUGUAGCUACAGAGACAAAGUCGUAUACAGGAAUUAUCACGCGUACAUUCCCAGAAAAUCAGGAAUUCGAUUGACUGACCAGAAGGGUAUUUUUAAACCUCAGGUGUUUGUAUUGGUAAUCGAAUCCAUGUCCAGACUUAAUAUGAUUCGUCAUAUGCCAAAGACUUAUUCCUACCUCAACGAUGUUAUGAAAGCCGAAACAUUGAAAGGCCUGACUAAAGUGGCGGAUAACAGUUUCCCCAACAUGAUCGCUCUGCUAACUGGAAGGAAAGUUCGAAUGGUACCGCAAGAACUGGCCGGUAACGAGAGCGCCGGACCGUACGACCAUUGGCCAUUUAUAUGGAAGAACUUCAAAAAAGAAGGGUACGUGACGGCGUUGACCGAGGACGAUCCCGGAUUCACCAUUUUAAACUAUUUAGCCAAAGGAUGCCUUCGUCAACCCACCGACUUCUAUCCGCGCCCUUUGUGGCUGGCUUCGUUCCAAUCUCCUCUCUUGAAAAUGAGUUCCGAAUUUUGUCUGGGAAACAUUCCCACGUACACCAUUUUAUUCCAAUGGAUUAAGGAAUUUAUAAUAAAACAUAGCCGAGAAUUAUAUUUUCUCUUCUCCUUUUACAUCGCCGUCACCCAUAACAACUUCAACAAUGCUCAAUAUUUAGACGGAGACGUACGCCAUUUGCUCGGACAGUUAAAUGAAAACGGAUAUUUUCGGAAUGCGGUUGUUAUCGUUAUGGGAGACCACGGUAACAGGUACGGAAGUAUUUUAACCACGUCCAUAGGUCGCAUAGAAGAACGCAUGCCAUUGUUUUCCGUCAGCAUUCCGUCUGCUCUCGAAGAGCGACAUCCGCAUCUGAGAACCUAUCUGAAGAAAAAUUCGGAGCGUCUGACCACGUGGUUGGAUGUCCAUUCCAUGCUAAUGGAUAUUGUUAAAUCUACCUACGAAGAAAGCCCUCCCAUUCACGUCUGGAACACCAGAGGAUACAGCGUGUGGAGAAUGGAAAUUCCUAUAAACAGAACUUGCGAAACGGCCGGAAUUCCAGAAAAUCACUGCGUGUGCCAAACCGAAGCCAUAAUUCCUCCCGAUGAUCCGAGGUGUUUAGAAGCAUCCGAUGUUCUGGUGAAUCACUUGAAUCGGUUACUGGAAGUAGUCAGACCGUUCUGUGCGCAACUUUCGUUAAGAAAAUUGUUACAAGCAGCGGUGAUAUUACCCAGGAAACAUAUCGUUCAAAAAGAAGGAUACGAGUUGAAAAUGAGAAUAUUAGUUUCGUUAGCACCGAGCGACGCGGUGGUGGAAGCGCUUAUGCAGAAAACAGCCUGGUCCAAAGAGUUUCGGGUGGUGGGAGACGUCAGCAGACUUAACAAGUACGGAAACCAAUCGUCUUGUAUACAACACAGGGAAAUGAGGAAGUUUUGCUACUGUAAAAGCGAAAUCGGCAAAUGAAGAAAGCAUUUACAAACUUUACCUACCGUAUCAUAAUACUGUAUAUUCACCCCAUUACUACGUAUUUAUCUUUCCCUCUACGCGUCAAACCAUCAUCGGAUAAUUGUUUACUGCCACUGUUUCAAAUGUGCUAUUUUAAACCCUGUGUAAAGUAUGAAUUUUUAAAACUUUUAAAAAUUCAAUUUUUUUAUUAUAAAAUAUAU